GUGCCGGGUAGUCCGACGGGGAAUGUAAAAAUUUGAUUUGUUGUUUUGCUUCCUCAAAUGUGACUGCGACUUAACUUCUGGUUUUUAUCAAAAUAUUUUUAGUGAUUCUUAAAAUUCUACACAAAAACAGUUAUAAGAAAUAUUUAAAGCUUCUAAUCUUGUGAUAAGUGAAAAUUACAAUGUCCUGAAUCUCAAGACACUAAAUACCGCGUGGAAAAUACGUUUAAAAUAAAAAUAAUUUAGUGAUUUUUUAAUUUUUCAAAAUAAUAACAAAAGAUCUUUAGUGAAAAGCAUAAAUAAAUUGUUCAUAUUAAGCAUUUAAAAUCUUAAUAUUGAUCAAAAUGGAUAUGGUGCAGUUUGAUUACCAGUUUAGAUUAAUCCUCAUUGGCGACAGUACAGUGGGAAAGUCAUCUCUUCUUAAAUACUUUACAGAUGGUCGCUUUGCUGAGAUCAGUGAUCCGACGGUUGGUGUUGAUUUCUUUGCAAGUAUGAUGGAGGUGAAAGAUGGAACAAGAAUCAAACUUCAGUUAUGGGAUACAGCAGGACAAGAAAGAUUCAGAUCAAUUACUAAAUCUUAUUAUCGUAAUUCUGUCGGUGUUCUUCUUGUUUAUGAUGUUUGUAAUCAUGCAUCAUUUGAACAUAUCCCGUUGUGGUUAUUGGAAGCUAAGAGACAUAUAGAACCUUAUAAUCCCGUAUUUGCCCUUGUUGGCUGUAAAUUGGAUCUUGUUAAUAAUGGAGAGAAUCGUGAAGUGAGUGUGGAAGAAGCCAAAACAUUUGCCGAACAGCAUCAGCUAAUUUAUGUUGAAACAUCAGCAAGGACUGGGAUCAAUGUUAGAGAAGCUUUUGCCUUAGUCACACAAGAAAUUUACAACAGAAUCAAAAGUGGAGAGUAUAAAGUUGAAAGUGGAUGGGAAGGAAUAAAAACCGGUGAGUUUAAUUGCAUUCAUAAGUUGAUGGUGAAUUUCUAA